AUGAAGAAACUGGAGUGCACCACCCUUCAAGGGGCCAAGGCUGACGCACCGAAGCACGAAGUGGAAGGCCCUGAGCCGCCUGCUGUACGUGCCACGACCACGGUACGUGUGACAAUGGUCAAGGAAUUCAUGACAGACGCGCAAUGGAAGACGGCCCGCCAGCGGCCCGGCGCCGUGGCGACUGGAGAUCUCGAUAAGGACGCCAUCCUGGCGGCGGAAGCCUUUUCUGAGGUCCUCGAAGCAGGAAAACUGGUAGCCCUGAUUGGGUACCUCACGGUCGCCGCGGCUGGGCUGGCCCCAAUGCUCGCCGCUUCCGGAGCCCACGGCCGCUUCUACAGGGUGCUUGCGAAGGACCGCUCGGCACCCGAUGGCGUGGCAGUACCUGGGGUGCACGACAUGGACGUGGACUUGGACGCCGAGUACACUACCGACAAACAGAAACGACAGGAACGGUACGACCAGGAGGACAUGGACCUCGACGGCCUCGCGGAGGAGACCCGGACCACUGAGAGGGCCAAGAGGACAGCCGCACGGGAGGCGGAAGACGCUAAAGUCCGUGACAGGAUCAAGAAAGCCCGGGGUGAAGCAGCGGCUGCGCCGGCAGAGCUACCAGGGACUGCAGGCCCAGCGGCCGCGCCAGCAGCUAAGGCAGCGGCUAAGCCCGCCGCGAAGCCGCCGCCCAAGCGGAAGAACCCGUUCGAAGCCAUCGACCCCGGUUCCAACGGAGGCGACUGCGGGUACCGGGCCCUGGCUGCGGGUUGGGCUCUGCUCGGGGGAGUCGCCAAGGCCACGCGGGAGAACACGCUGAACCCUGCCAAGCUCGAGAGAAUGGCGAAGACCCUACGAACGCAACUUGCACUGCGUAUCAGCAACAACCAGGAGUUCUUCCAACACUACUGGGCCCACGUACCCCUGGGGGAGGGGAAGGAAGACGGGGCUAUUCCGACCCCCUGGGAGGAAUACGCCGCAGCGUGUAAAAGACCGAAGCGGUGGAUCGACGGGCUGUCCUACCAGGCGGCAUGCGACCACUUCAACCGACACAUCUACACCUACACAGGGGUGGGUGCUCAGCUCAAGGACGUCAACUGGGUAGACAAGGUAAUUUGGAUCCCACAGUCUCCGGACGCACAGCGAGCAGCACUACUGCAGCCUCCCCUCCACGUGGGCCUGUGGAAAGACCACUGCUACAUUUUACUGCCAGACGACGGCACCAGGCACAAGAAGGAGACCAAACGACCGAGCAAGGCACAGCUCGAGGAACGCAUCCGCAAGAUCUGCCGACACGGACUCCUGGAUGGCGACCUUGGCCCGGACACGGUCUUCGAGGAAGCGGAAGCAACCCGACACGCCGGACUCGUGGCUCGGCGACCUGGGGCCCACAGCGACUCCACGUACGACACGACGAUCCACUCCUACCACGCCGCGCACUACGCGGAGCGCAGCAGCGACUACGCCCAAAGAUACACCGACCCGACGCUCGACGCCGAAGGGGGCCGUGAGUGGCAGCAAGGCGACACCGAAGGACGCUGGUAA